CGAGCGGCCGCGGGGAAGUUGGCUCCGGCUCGGAGCUUCCCGCGAGUCCCCGCGCAGGGCCCAGCGGGGCCAGAGCGCACGGCCCCGGCGGCGCUGAGGAUGCGGCCGCGGCCCGGGGCGGCAGGAUCGGGCCGCUUGACGCCCUGCAGGUCAGCAGUUGAGUAGCUGGGGCCCUGGAGGGCUUGAAGCCUUUUCACAGCGAUGGCGGAGAAGCGGCCACAGGGCAGCCUGGGGCCUGUGGUGUACAGCAAGCUGCCCCGGCUAGAGGUCACCUCAGGCCCCGGGCACAGCUUGGGCCCCUCUGCUGCUGACCAGGAGCCCUGCAAUUACAAGGGUGCCUACUUCUCCUGCUCCGUGGGGGGUGUUCCCCAAGCAGGGUCUGGACAGAUGGCAUCCUGGACCCCAUACCCACCCUUGUAUCCUUCCAGCGUAGCGGGACCCCCACUUCGAGAAGACAACCUGUUGACCAGCUGCCUGCUCUAUCGCCCACCAGCAGGAAGCUCCGAGAAGGGGCAGGACCCUGGCCCUGUUGAGCUCCUGCCCUUUGGUCCCCAGCCUCCUUCCUACUCGGGCCCACCCCUGGCAGCGCCCAAACCCGUCUACCGCAGCCCUCUGUGCUACGGGCUCUCAACUUGCCUGCGGGACGGAGCAGCCAAGAGGCCACUGGAUGUUGACUGGACUCUGGUGACUGGGGCCCUGUUACCCCCAGCCAGCCCACAUUGUUCUCUGGCUCUGGCUCCUGGCAAAGGCCAGUCCCUGGAUAGUACCUUCUUACGUGGGGUGCCAGUUGGGGGAUCUGGCAAAGACUCCCCGGGGAGCUUUUCCCCUCACCAGGCAUUCCUGGACAACUCUCAGACCAGCCACAGCACAGGCUUCUUAGCCUCCAAGUAUGCAGGUUCUUACUCUGGGGACCUCAAGCAGGGAUUGUCCGAGGGACCCCCCAAUCCUUGGACCCAGCUGGCUCAGCCCCUGGGCUCAGCUUAUCAGGAUACAGCGCCCUCCCCCUACCCGCUGCCCCACCCUCCACAGCCUCUGUCUUGCCCUCCAGCCUGUCACUAUCCAGAGAAGCAGAGCAGCUACAGCUCAGUGCCCCCAUCGCAGCCUCUGGGAGCCCACAAGGGAGUUGGGUACCUCACUGGUGGGCUGAAUAGCCCCUACCUGAGGCAGCAGGCAGCCCAGGCGCCCUGUAUGCCCCCCGUGGGGCCGGACAUGUAUCCCUACCCCUCUGUCCCCCUCCCAGUCCCCUCACCAGGCCUCAAGCUGGAGCCACCUCUCACUCCACGGUGCCCACUGGACUUUGCCUCCCAGCCACUGGGCUUUCCUUACGCACGGGAUGACCUCUCUUUCUAUGGAGCAUCCCCGGGGCUCAGAGGGACAUUGCCUUCCCAGAGCAGUGUUCAGGCUAUGCCACAGCCCGGUGCCUUCCAGCGAACGUGCCAGCCUUUGCCUGCCAGUCGGCCGUGCCCGGAGCCUGUGAAGCCUGUGGAGAAGCCGGCGCGGGAAGCUGAGGAGACCACAUGGCUGCCCAGCUGCAGGAAAGAGCAGCUCAGUGAGCGCCCUGGGGCCCCCAUUGUUAUCGGAGAUAGUCCAGACCCCCGCACCCCACCAGCUCUCCCACCCUGUGGCCAGGAGCACCGAUCUCGUCCACAGAACCAGGACUCGCGGCCCCCUGGCUCUCCACCCAUGCCCAUUAUCGACAAUGUCUUCAGCCUGGCCCCCUACCGGGACUAUCUGGAUGUGCAGACACCUGAGGCUGCACCUGAGCCUGACCCCGCCCCCCGGGACAGCCAUGACAGAGACUCCAGGGGAACCUUGUCCACCCAGGAGGCCCCUUUGGGGGUGCAUUGCCCACUUAGGGAAGAAGUAGCUCUGGACUUGAGUGUGAAGAAGCCCAUGACAGAGUCUCUUCCUGUCAAGGUCCCUAGUCCUGGGGUGCACGCCAAGCUCCCCGGGGUGUCCACGACCUCAGAGACCACCCCGAAAACCAACUUCCACAGUUCCGUGGCCUUCAUGUUCCGAAAAUUCAAGAUCCUCCGGCCAGCACCCUUGUCUGCAGCCAUGGUCCCAUCCGUGCCCACCUCAGGCCCUGCCUCUGACCAGCCUGUCCCCACCCCUACAUCUGUGCCCACUGGGCUACAGAUGCUCAAACAGCCCUUGCCUGUGGCCUGCUUUGACCUGGCACUGCCCAGCCUUCCAGGCGUAUCCGUGGUCAGCCCAGCACCUACUCUGUCUCCAUCCCCUGCUCCAGCUCGGGCCCCGACUCCAGCUACCACCCCUGUCUCGGCGGAUUCCCCAGAGCAGCACUUUGCAGGACUGCAUGAGUCCCUGUGUGAUGCCAUCUCGGGCUCAGUGGCCCACUCCCCACCCGAGAAGCUGCGUGAAUGGCUUGAGAUGGCUGGGCCUUGGGGCCGGGCGGCAUGGCAGGACGGGCAGGCUGUGCAGGGGCUGUUGGGCAAGCUGCUCUCCCAGCUGCAGCGCUUUGUGUGCACGCAGCAGUGCCCCUUCCCCCACGUGGUGCGGGCCGGCGCCAUCUUCGUGCCCAUCCACCUGGUGAAGGAGCGGCUCUUCCCGGGGCUGCCGGCCGCCUCUGUGGACCACGUGCUGCAGGAGCACCGCGUGGAGCUGCGGCCCACCACGCUGUCGGAGGAGAGGGCGCUGCGGGAGCGGGCCCUGCGCGGCUGCACCUCCCGCAUGCUGAAGUUGCUGGCGCUGCGCCAGCUGCCUGACAUCUACCCUGACCUGCUGGGUCUGCAGUGGCGCGACUGUGUACGCCGCCAGCUGGGCGGGUUUGUGACUGAUACUGAGGCUGGAUUUGUGCCCUCCUCAGAAGCCAUCAUGGCCAGAGAUGAGCCAGAGAGCCUGUGCCUGGCUCAGAAAUCACCCAUCCCCAAGGCCAGGAAGCCGGGGAGGAAGCAACCGACUCCUGGCCGGGAGAAAGCAGAGGCAACUGCUGGGGGCGGGUCCUGCGCCUCACCUGCCCCCCAUGCCAGCACCAGCCCCACAGUGAGGGCUCACUGCCGAAGCCUGCUGCAUACUGCCUGGCUCACUGGCCUGGCACUUCCCACGUGGGGCCACAAGGCAGGAGCUGCCCGGCCCUCGCCCUGCCCACAGCUGCUGGGUGGCCAGAGCCAUGACCUGUAGCUCGGUGGCUGGUGCUGUUUGGAUAGCUACUGUCUGAUAGUCAGCAGGCCAGGAGGGGACAUGCCCUUGGAGUGUCUAGUUCUUACCCUGCCCUCCUCCCCAAGCUGGGCUGAGAGUCCCUGAGCUUUUAGCUUGAGGUCCUUUGUUGGAAAGGACGUGUGGGCUUGGGAGCUCCCCCAGCUUGGGCUCGGAUCUGGCUCCUCUGUUCCUUGCUGUGUCACUGAGCAAGUCACUUCCUCUCUGGAACCCGUAUUUACGCAUUUGUACAACAGGACAGUGCAGCCUACCUCACAGGUGUGGGGAUGCUUGACACACACCAGCUAUGGUUUGCUCUGCUCCCUCCACAGGACAGGGGCCCAGAUCCCAGCCAGUGCCUGGAGUUUGCGGCAAACAGAACCUUCCUCCAGAAAGUCUUACUGUGUCCUAGAACUUGGUUACCUUGGAGUGAUACAGGGUAUAUGACGCCCAUACUUUCUAGUCAUCCCCCAGGAACACUUGGGGCUACAGCCCCCGAGUUUGGGGUGUGGCCCUAAAACCCAGCCUGUCACUCCCUGAGGGAGCCUGCCCUUCCCCUUCUGUGCUGCAGGGGUGCGGGGACACAGCCUGGGCUGGCAUCCUUGUUCUGGGCCUGCUGCUCUUACCCUGGGAGGUCCCAGGCCUGUCCUAAAUGACACCAGUGACUUCCCUGAGCUACCAACCUCCCAGUGCAUUAUCCCAAGGAAGCUGUGUGUUUGCUAGAAGCCGGGCCGCUGCAGGGACUAGAAGGGGCAGGCUGGGCAGGCUCAGUCCGGGAAGAUCUCUGAAGAGGUGGACCUGGAGCCCAUCAGCCAGGCCGACGGUGGGUUACCUCCCUGAGCCCAGAGGCUGCAGGCGGGGCCUUGGCCUCAUUACGGCCGGUACUAAGGCUGUGGUCCCUGGAGGCAGGCCAUGAACAUUAAAGCAUUUGGGUUGUUUUGGAUCUGG